AUGAGACCCACAAUUCGCCGCCUGGUCCGUCCCCGCAGACCCGCCAGAGACACACGGCCCCUGCUCCCGCCGCUGACGCUCUACCGCGCGAUUCUGCGCUCGCACCGCAAACUGCCUCCCGACGCACGACACCUGGGAGACAACUAUGUCCGGGCCGAGUUCAGAGCACACGCCAACGUGGAGGACCCGCUGCAGAUCGUGGGCUUCCUCACGGCAUGGCAGGACUAUCUCCAGGCCGUCACAAAGAACACAGAAGACGACUGGCGCAAGUACAAACUCACCUCCGACGCCCUCAGCAAGAUGAGCGACGAGCAGGUGGUCCAACUGUACGAAUUGAUGCAGGAGGCCCGCAACGUCCACGCCGAGGACGAAUAA